AUGCAAUCUGAUUUCACUAACAUAAACGUUGUUCCAAUCGGAAACGAGUUCUUCGAUCUCGUCCUUCCCCGAAACCAUUCUCAAACUCCAAAUCGUCUUCUCCGUAAAGGUUUCGAGGUCAAUCGUCUCCGUCAAUCAUACACUUGUGAGGUGAAGAAAACAGAGCUCAGCUUUCGCGAUAAGCUCUACACGAUCAUCGACGAGUUUCCUCGCAUCGAUGAAAUCAACCCUUUGUACAGUGAUCUCCUUCGCUUGAUUUUCGAUAGAGAUCGAUANAAGCUCGCUCUAGGUCAAGUGAGUACUGCGAAGCAUCUAAUCACCAGAAUGGCUAAUGAUUAUGUAAAGCAAAUCGAGUUUAGUGAAUCGUUGAAACAGUGCAAAACCCUAAAAGUUUGUGGUAUUGGAAGAAUGUUUAGUGUUGUAAACGAAAUCACUCCUAGUUUAGCUUACCUGGAGCAACUCAGGCAACACAUGGUGAAGCUUCCUUCGAUUGAUCCGAAUUCUCCAACUCUCUUGAUAUCUGGGUACCCUAAUGUGGACAAGACUUGUUUUAUGAACAGAAUCAAUACCGAAGCUGGUCAUGUUGUUGAUGAUUUUGUAGGAAAGUAUGUGAAUUUUGUUGUUGGUCAUACUGAUUACAAGGAUUUGAUGUACCAAGUGAUUGAUGCACCUGGUGUUUUGGAUAGGUCUUUGUCUGGAGACUAUAAUGCUAUUAUCACUGCAUUGUCUCGUCAUCUUCAAGCUUCACUUGUUGUGUUCUUUUUGGAUGUUUCUUGUUCUUGUGGUUACAGUAUUGCGUAUCAAGCUGCUCUUUUGUACAGCUUGAAGUCUCUGUUUGUGAACAAACCGUUGUUGAUUGUCUGCGAUGAGACUGAUUUGAUGGAAAUAUCUGAACAAGAUUCGAAGCUGAUUGAAGAGAUGAAUGAAUGCUGCGUGCGAGAGGCUAUUAGAUCAGAUAGAAAGACUUAG